GCUGAAUGCCACUUAGAGGUUGGAUCAACAAGGAAAAUGAAACUUAUUUGACUGAACAGCCUAUUGGCGCACAACUGGAAAUUUCAGUCGGUCGAGCUACCGUCAGUCAUCUGUAACAGAAGAAAAGUAGUUGAUAGCUGUGGCUAUAAAUUCGAGCUUCGGUGCAUUCUUUUAUAUUUCAGUGUGACUUGUCCAGAUUGAUUAUUACUUGUCAGCGAGGCUGGGUCGCAAACAACAGGUUUGUUUCUUUACAUAACCAGCCAUUAAGACUUUGGAAUGUGACUGCGCAAAAGGCUGGCCCCAAAGUGACUUCAGUUUCAGCACUUUGUCUACGCCAAGAUCUGUGUGAUGUAUGGAGCAGUAUGUUAAGCGUACUUUAAUAUCGUUACACAGAAUCACAGAUGGUGUUUGAGGUCAAGACUGGAUUUGAUAAAACUGGAACUAGCUGAUAUUAUGUAGCCAAAUUUUAUGGUUCAUUUUGUUUGGACCUUUCUUCUUUUUGACAUAGUCUCUCCAAUCUGAAACUAUAUACGCAUCCCAGCUUUGACAAUGAUGAUAAAGGACACUUCACUGCGCCAAGAUCCAGAUCUCGGGAAGGAGUUGGCUUUGCUCGCUCGGGGAUGUGACCUUGUCUUUCCGUCAAGAUUCAAGAAGAGGCUGAAGGCUUUUCAGCAAGUUCAGGUUCAAGCAAAGAAAGAGAGCCUCUUGCCUCCGACACUGAGCGAGUGCAUUCCAAAAUUUUAUUUUCCUCAAGGGUGCCCUAAGAAAACAUUUAAUGUAGAUGCAGUAAUUGCCAGAAUAGAAAAUGCUUUUGUUGAGUUUGAGAAUGAAAAAGCAACCUUGGAAGAUAUGGGAAAAAUUGCCAAGGCAUGUGACUGCCCUCUGUAUUGGAAAUCCCCGUUGUUUUGCGCUGCUGGUGGGGAAAGAACUGGAUAUGUAUCUGUCCAUAAGUUUAUUGCAAUGUGGAGGAAAAUCUUGCAAAACUGCCAUGAUGAUGUUUCUAAAUUCGUACAUCUUCUGUCAAAACCUGGAUGCAACUACUUGGAGCAGGAUGACUUCAUUCCAUUGAUACAGGAUGUGGUGAAUGCACACCCUGGGCUAACGUUUCUCAGAGAAGCAACAGAAUUUCACACUCGAUACGUCACCACAGUCAUACAGAGAAUAUUUUACACAGUAAACAGAUCAUGGACAGGACGUAUGACAUGUACUGAAAUUAGGAAAAGUAACCUUCUGCAGAAUCUAGCCUUAUUGGAAGAGGAAGAUGACAUUAAUCAGCUGACAGAAUUUUUCUCCUAUGAGCACUUUUAUGUGAUCUAUUGUAAGUUCUGGGAACUUGACACUGACCAUGACCUCUACAUUGAUCAGAAGGACCUGGCAAGACAUAAUGAUGAUGCUAUAUCGAGCAGAAUGAUAGAAAGGAUUUUCUCUGGAGCCGUUACAAGGCAUAAGAAUACUAGAAAAGAAAGGAAAAUUGGUUAUGCAGACUUUGUGUGGUUUUUGAUUUCAGAAGAGGAUAAAAAGACACCAACCAGUAUUGAGUACUGGUUUCGCUGUUUGGACCUCGAUGGAGAUGGAGUGCUAUCCAUGUAUGAACUGGACUAUUUCUACGAGGAACAGUGCAAGAAGCUUGAAUGCAUGUCUAUUGAACCAUUGCCUUUUGAGGACUGCCUUUGUCAAUUGCUUGAUCUUGUAAAGCCAGAAUGCGAAGGAAAAAUCACACUUCACGAUCUGAAGAAAUGUAAGAUGGCAAAUAUAUUUUUCGACACCCUUUUUAACAUCGACAAGUAUUUGGAGCACGAGCAAAAGGAUCCUUUUUCUAUCCAGAGGCAGGAUGUGGAGAAUGAGGGACCAGAAAUGACUGACUGGGAGCGGUAUGCUGUAAAUGAGUAUGAAAGUCUGGUGGCAGAAGAGGCAGCUAACGAGAACUGGAAUGAUGGGGACUCUGAACUCUCUGACUACUGAAGGACCCCACUGUUUUGUUCCAAAAAAAGAAAUUUGAAGUUUGGAUCCUUUUGAAAUGAGUGUUCGUUUAAAAAAGAAAAAAAUAAUAAUCAGCAUCCAAGAAAUGAGCUGAAAGUUUACUGUUGAAGAUUCUGAAGUGCCCUGUGAUGAGUGUGGAGUCUUUUGGUAUAGAUGAACAUUAAUUCAAGAGUACAUUGUCGGAUGUGGGAGUCCCUGCAGCAGGUCUGCUUUGGAGAACUUUGAAAUACAAGCAACAAAUUUAAAAUCAGAAUUGAAUUGCUCCUGGCCUCUUUACCAAUUGUAGGCAAUGCUGGAGGAAAAGUUUUUUCAAAACCCUCGUUUUCAGUUUUAGAGUUGGAGUGAACACACAGAAUCUUUCUAAGUUGUAAGUUUGAGAAUAGCUGUCAAGAAUGGAAUGGCACGUAUGUUGGACAAAGAUAAGUGAGGUGAGUUUCUUACUCGUCUUCCCUGGAAGUGCAGAGUAUUUUCACUGUGCAGUGAGCUACUUGGUACUCCAUUAAUUCUGGAGCAAACAUGACAUCUGUGUAACUCACGUAUUGCAGUUGGCUGGAGGUGCAAGUGGGUUCAAAAGCUAAACAUAAUUUUGUAAAAGUCAACAUUAUACAGCAGAGGAUUUAUUGCAGUGAUGCACAAGUAUUCGUUGUUUAAUGGUUCUUUUUGACUUCCACCACUUUAAAAAAAAAAACAGUGUAGCUGCAUACUGUAAAGCCAUAAAAACUGAGGUGCCUCGCCUAACUAUUGUUAAAUGUAGUGAACUAAGUGUGGAAGUUAAAGAAAAUAAUAUGGAUUUUGUGUGAAAUUGCUCUUACCUGAAUGUGCUCUUACACACUGCAGUAAUGGUUCUGAACACUGGUAAUAAUGACGUUUCAGUCAUCUGGACCACUGAAACAUUUACAGCAUCUCUGCAGCUGACUUUUAUUAGUCAUCUCUGGUUAGCAUUUAGAACAUUCAAUUCCUGUUUGGAUCAACCGUCACUACAUUCCACAAGAACAAAAAUAUAUCGCCGACGUACGAACAUUUUUCCAUUCACAGUUGCCCAAUGAUCACUCUGCGCUGACCUUAACAAUGUGCCUUAUGUUUAAAGGGUAAGGUUCUUUUUACACAAAAUAUUUGAAAUGAAAAUUUGCUGUGGCAAUCUAAGUUAUUAGAAUAUGGUGUACAUAUUUAAUCUUUGUGUAUAAUUUGUUUUAUAGAAUCUUGCAGUGUAUAUUUGUUGUGCGAAUUCAUACUUUUCUGUGUUGAGAUCAUGAGCUUGUGUAUUUUUGAAAAUAAAAGAGAUGUUUCGAUACUA